AAAAUAUUAUGUAGAUGUAUAAAUUGAGAACUAGCAUAUGUGAGGCAACAUAAGUACAUAACCAAGCUAGAGCUUGUUGCUGAGAGUUCCAUUACAAAGAUGGCAGUCACUCUUGUUCGUUUGUUCUUCAUUCUUCUAGUGCUUUCUCAUCUUUUAUGUUUGGAAGCAGUCCCGGUUACAAGAACUGAAAACCUUAUGCAAGAUCUCCAAGUUCAGCCCACUCUCAAGAAUGCCCAUAAGGUUGUCACUGAGAAAAACUGGCACUUGCAGGAGCCAACCAUUACUGAGAGGAUGGAUUUGGAACUCAAUGACUAUGCACCAUCAGGGGCCAAUGGUCGUCACACUCCAAGAGGACCAUAAUGUAUGAAAUGGGGUACUGAUUAAAUGUUAGUUCUUCCAUGUAAAACAAUCUUAAGUAGGAAUAAUCUGAGAAGUCUAGAGGCAAUUAUGUAUCAUCUGGUAAGAGAUUCUACAGUUUUAUGAGCGAGACUAGUCUUACCCUCAAAGAGGUCGUGGUGCCAGCCUAUAUGUGAUUGUCAGAACCGACAAACAGCUUUUCUUUUAAAAGUGAAGAACCAUUUGUUUACCCACAGCAACUUGAUAGGGAUUGCAGAACAAUGUUCCUACUUCCUGGAAAGUGGAUCAGAAACUAAUCCAAAAUGUUUGUUUAAUUUGUGUAAUCAUGUUAGCUGGCAACUUAGUACUAUAAAAAAUAUCCCAAAUACCAUAUUCAACAUUAA